AGAGACGAUAAGCAACGAAGACCCAUUACACACUUAAAUCGCAAGAAGAUGGACCCGGAACACGAGCAGCAGUUCGAGCACCAGCACGAGGAGGAAGAGGCGGUCUACCUCGACCCUGCGGAUGCGCAGGAGGAGUACGAGAAGGAUCAGGAUGAGCCGAUGUCAGAAGGCGAAGACGAGUUCGACGAAGCCGGACCCUCCGACCAACAACAGCCGGACGAGAACGACCCCGACGUCGUCUUCGUCGACGAGUCCGUACAAGGAUUCUUCGGCCACACAGACUCGAUUUACUCUAUCCACAUCAACCCCGCGAACGAGGAUCUAGUCGUUUCGGGUGGUGGAGAUGACUUGGCGUAUGUCUGGAACGCUCGAACGGGAGACACAAUCUACAAGUUGACUGGACACACUGACUCCAUCACCGCUGCACGGUUCUCGAAUGAUGGGCAGUUUGUGGCUACGGGUGGUAUGGACGGGCGUGUCCUCGUUUGGCGUGUCUCGGAUGGCGAGUUCCUCACGACACUGGAAGGCGCAGACGAGGUCAUCUGGCUCGAGUGGCACCCGAAGGGAUCGGUGUUGUUGUGUGGUGCGCAAGAUGGCAACGUCUGGAUGUGGGCUAUCCCCUCCGGAAACGUCAUGCAAGUCUUCGCGUCCCAUACUGGACCCGUGAACGCGGGCUGCUUUAACCCGAAUGGAAAGAGUAUCGUUACGGUCUCCGAUGAUGGGAGUUUGGUGCACUGGGAUCCGAAGACGGGAGCGGCGUUGUUGAAGUUGACGAGUGCUGAUGCGAGGUUUGCGUGCGUGAGUGAGGACGGAGCAUGGAAUUGUGUUGCGGUUGAGAAGGAUGGGAAUGUUGCUGUUGUCGGUGGUUGCGACGGGAAGGCGAAGGUGGUCAACCUCACCAGUGGAAAUCUUUUGGGUUCUUUGGAGAGCCAGUCGGAGUCGAUUGAGUCUCUGGCUUUCUGUGAUACGCUGCCACUCAUUGCAUCCGCGUCCGUCGACGGAUCCGUCGCUAUCUACGACCUCGCCACCCUUCGUCUGCGAAACACCUUCAAGCACGAUGAUGCUGUUGUCUCGUGCCAGUUCGUACCACAGACGCCAUUUUUGACUACGUGUUCUGUUGAUGGUACGGUACGGAGAUGGGAUGUGCGUACGGGUGCUGAGGUGAAGAAGUGGCGGGGACAUCAGGAUGGUGUGCUCUGUAUCACUGGUAGACGUGAUGGUACGUAUGUUGUCUCUGGAGGUGAUGACAAGGUGUGCUUGGUUUGGAAGUUGUAA